GACCUACUUACUUCAUAUACCUUUGACUUUGAAAAAGCACUUGAAGAGCGCCUUGAAAAUGUAAAAAAAUAUUCAUACCCUUUUGACUUGAAUCAAGUAGAUAAAAGAAAUAACUUACCACUCCAAGAGUUUCUAGAUAUCUAUGACGGAAAAUGGUAAUUUGUUAUUGUUUGAUUUUCUUUUCUUAAAGUUUCAAUAUAAUUUUUUUUAAAAAUGUUAUGACUUUUAAUACUUAUCUAAGCAUAAUAUCAUGAUUAAGUUUUGUUAUAAUAUAAAUAUAAUUUUUGUAAUUAUUUUAAAAGAUUUUCAUACGGUUAAUUAACCUUCAUUUAGUAGAAUUAAUUUGUUAUUUGGAGGAAAAUAAAUUAAAUGUAAUAGGCUUGGUAAUUUACGUUAACAAUAUUAAUAUGUCUAUAAUAAUAACUCUUUAAUUAGUAAGAGGACAAACAAAAUAUUGCUCUUAGUAACACACUAUAGAACAAAACAUUCAUUUUUUUUUUUAGGCCUGUGAUUAUUAAUGACAUAGUCCAUAACUGGCAAGCAUUUAAUUGGACCAAAGACUUCUUUGUGCAACAGUACAGAAAUGCUAACAUAAUAAUGUCUUCAUCUGUAAGUAAUAUUUUUGUCCGUCAUUACUAACCUUCUUGAAGGUCAAAAUGUUUCAGAUGAUUGGAUUAUGUUCUCCACAUUUAAUCAACUUGUUGCUUAGUAGCCAAGUAGCCAUGGACAUAAAUGUUGCUGUUGGUUAGUCUUCAGAUUAUUUGUUUUUUUUUUACAAUCAGGGAAAUGUCACUUAGCUUUGUCUAGCUCUAUAUUUUUGCAGUACUUUUUUUUAAAUUUUAAUUAAAGGUGUAGUAAGGUAUAAUGUCAAUCAUCUUUAAUACAAUAUCUUAAUCCUCACAGAAGGGUAAAUUGCUUAGAAUUCUUUUAUUCUUAUAUUAAAUUUGUUUUCUACUUAACAAUAGUAAAUCUGGUAAAUGUAAAGGACGCCAUCUAAUUCUUAUGACCUCUUUUUUUAAAUUGAGAUGAUUUUUGGCAAGUAACGCACUUCUUGUGUUUUUAAGAAUCCCAUUUAGUGCAGCUAUUUGAGAUUUUAUUGUACUCACCUACUGACUCACCCGCCUGUUCUUGAUACAUAUGAGGGCUAGCCUAACUACAUAUUAAUGAGUAACAGUUGAACUAGAAGUAAACAAGAGCCAGUCAAUCUUUAAGAUAAAUGUCAUUGAUUAAACACUUAUUUCUUCUUUGCACAGAAUAAAAGCAGCUUUGUGGUGCCAAUGGGAUCUUUCCUAGAGCAAAUUGACGUUGGCAAAGAAAACUCAUGGCUUUACCUUCAAGAUGAGCUUUUUCUAUUACAAUACCCAGAACUACGCAAGCAGAUUGAGGAUUCGGUGGGUAUUUCCAGAAGACUAAUUAAACAUAUUAAAAAUUCUCAUAAGUAAUAUCUAUUGUUUAUAAUGUUUUGCUGUAGCUAUUGGGGUAGGUCAUUACAUCCUCAUUGUUUAUUCUUUCCAUCCCUUGAAUCUUUUCCCUUUUAUUCAGCAGAUUUAAAAAAAGAGUGAAUUACUUUUAGAAUCCAUAUCUAAAGUGUGUCAUGUUAGGUAUAAAUGUGUAGGGAAAUGCAUGAGUCUUCUAUACAUGUUUGUUUCAAAACAUAUAAGUUCAACACUUUAAAGUUGUGAGUAAAAUAAUGCAUAUUUUUGAAAAUGUGUAAGAAAUUGUUUUGGUGAUCAAAUGCAAAAUAGAAAAAAAAAAUUACAUGAAAUUUUUCAUUUAUCUGUUUAUUCAGAAGCACAAAUCAUAUUUGUAUGUCAUAUGAAGAAAACAAAAUAUUUUAUGAGCAUUUGACAACAAAUAUAAAAGAUUUUGAAAAAAGUGAAAAGAAAUGGGAAAUAAUGAACAAAAUAUAAUAAUUCACCAGAAAUGAUUCAGCUGGAUAGUUCAUCACUAUAGUGUCACAUGUGCUACUUUUGAUUGUGCUUUUCUCUUUCCUAAUUUAUAGCGCUCUUACAAUUUAUUUUUAAAUUUGUGCGUUCAUGAUGAGCUGGAUGUAUUCUGUUGCAUUUUGUGUUAUUUACAUUGAGGCGGAAUAUUGUCAGUUUUAGUAAUCCCCCUGAUGUAGAAUCAAUUUUUGGCCUUAGUUAUUAGGCAGCUUUAGUUAAUCUAUGCCAGGAUUUUCUUUUCUCCGAUCCUGAGAUUACAGCUGGCAAUUUCAACAAAAUGGGGUGAAAACGGGGUUAUUAAGAACUUUUUGUUUUUCUAAAGGUGUUGUUUCCAUUUAUCAACUGGUCAAUGAAUGAAUUGUAUGAAGUGACAGUGUGUUGUUGUGUCACCAAUAAGUCUUUUUAUAUAAGAGAAAUAGGAAAAGAGUUAAGCUGUGUUUGAAACUUGUUGAAAUGUUCGGUUUCUGAAAGUUCUUGAAAAUAUCUUGUAGUCGAUCAAUGCUUAUUUUGAAGAUAUUAAAAAGUAAUACGUUAGUCUUUAAAAUUCCAUGUGAGUCUAACACUUGCUUACAAAACAACAUGUAUCCUGUCCUGACAGGUUUAUACCAACGAAAACUAUUUCAACCUUUUCCCUGAAGAAGUUCGACCAUGGGAUUGUUACUUUCUUUGGGGAACUGCCCAUUCCAGGUCAAGUUUGCAUAUUGACCCUUACAACUGGACGGGGACAAAUGCAGUUUUAACUGGACACAAGAGGUGGAAAGUAAGUCUUAAAUAACUGUAACGAAUGUUUCCCGUUAAACCAGGGGUGUCAAACUCAAUCGCCCGGCAGGCCAAAACUCAAAUCACACGUAAGGUUGCGGGGAGAACAGGAUAAACAUUAAAGAAUCGAAAAUUGCAUAUUUUUAAAAAAACAUUUAUAUAAAUGAAAACAGAGACAAGUUUUAAUAAUUAAAAAUCAUUGGCAACCCCAUUUUCGCUCUUAUGGCAAUUUGUCAGAGCUGGAUGUUUGGCACAUUUUCUUGGCUACAAAAACAAGUAAGCCCGUUUAUGUUGGAAGUAACAUUCUGUGUCAUUAAGAUUCUCAUGAUGGACUGCAAGUGUUCAUCGGUGAGACGAUUCCUGUGUGAUGUUUUGUUAAUCUUCAUCACAGAAAACAGCUGUAUAUAUAUGCGCUACCCAACAUGCUCAAGGUUUGAGCCGCAUGUAGAUGAAGUCGGGGUAUCUCUUCAAUAAUGAAAUGAGUUAACUGUGCAGGCCCAACUGUGUUUUCUUUGCCUUUAGUGUCCCAUUACACUGCAGAUCUAUUAGCUCCAUCUGCAAAUUUACAGGUGCAGUUUCCACGUCUUUGACAAAUGGGUUACGAAACUGAUCGAAAUUAAAUAUCUGUGCUUCAAAGUCACUUUUGCGCCUUGUGAACUCGGCGCGAAGUAAGCUAAGUUUUUCAGCAAAGUGUGCAUUGGGAAACACCAUAGCUUCAACUUGGAUAUAAUUGUACGCCGGUCAAGACCUUGCGGGCCUGAUAUAAUUGUUCGGCGGGCCGGAUGUGGCCCGCGGGCCUUGAGUUUGACACAUGUGCAUUAAACAGACUGCAUUGUUCUGAUCUUGUUUUGAUAAUGCAAAUAAGAGAAUGGUAUAGGUUUUAUAGUUUUAAUAAAACAACUUUUCAAACCAUAAUUUAAUCAUUUAUUUUUGAUCAUAUGUGUACGCCUAGCAUAGAAGGUAUCAAAUGUCUAGACCUAGCAUAGAAGGUAUCAAAUGUGUACACCUAGCAUUGAAGCUAUCAAGUAUGUACACCAAGCAGUGUUGAUUUAUUUUUGCUUUUUUAAUCCAAAUUAUCUUGAGAUAAAACACAUGCUUUUUUGUAUACUGCAAGCUUAUCCUACCAGGCCAAGACAAAUACUUAUCUGUUUAUCCAGAUAAGAUUUGUGGAUUUCCUUUGGAUUGUAGGAAAUAUAAUAGGUAAUUGGAAUCCCUAAUCUGUAGUGAGUGUCAAAAAUACAAUGUAUGUUGUUCUAGCAUUUGAAUUUAGUUAUUAAAAUUGUUUUGGAGUUGGCUAACGUAAUUAAAAACCAACUAUGUUAACUGUAUGUAUGUAAAGUCAGAUGAGUAAAUGUUAAAAAAGUGUUUAGUAAUGGUUUCACUAUAAAAUUAUUUUUAGUAGAGCGUUGAUUUUUCAAAUGCUGAUUAUUAAAAAAGAAAACAAAAUGGCUGCUAUCUUAAGAGCCCCUGUUUUUAUUUUUAUUAUUAUUAUUAUUAUCAUGCGCAUGUAGCAUAGCCUACAAACAUCAGAAAAAACCACUGAUCUGUUACGAACCUGGUCUUCCUUAAAGGGUUCGUUGGCUUUGUUGUCUAGGGGUUUAAUUAUAUACACUUCACAAACCAUUAUUCUCAUAUUAAAUAUCUUUAUUAACUAACUAAUCUACAUCUUGAACUGCCAUUACUCACACGACCACACUCUACAAUAAUACUACGUCACAUCCCCUUUCACACAAUACGUCACAAGAUACUAAGAAUAAUAGAUAAAACAACACACAUGCUCUCCAAGCCAAUACGCAAUCACAGUAUACAUCCAAGUCCUUAACAUGAUCCUUUAAACGCAAGGGAAGUAAACUCUAGAUACUUAAUGAACAUGCAGUGACCAGUCUGGGCUAAUAAAAUCUGCAAACUUUUAAAGAAAUAUAUAUAUGACACGUGAUGCCAUGCGGCCCUGUUAAAGCACAAGCAUUGACCAAUGAGUUAAUGUAAGAUUGUACUGUAUACCAUGUGAUAACUUGUACUGCAUACUAUGUGAUAAAGUCAUUAACGCAACCUUUCCUUGGGAGUGUUCGGUUAUUUUAAAAAAAAAUGCUUUUCAGAAACACGCCUCGGUCCGAAUUAGUUGGGUGAAAUCACGGAUACUAACUUUUAGAAUAGCAAAACAUUCUUGUCCCUUUUAAACUAAAUUCAAAAACUGUAACACAAAAGUCACGCCAUGACCUGGCCAAUCUUGUUAAUUGUACUGUAUUAUAAAACUAAUUAGCACACGCUAUUUAACUUUUUAAAGUCAUGACCCCAUGUCACUGAAGCAAAGUGAUUCACGACUGCAAUUCAUUUUUAAAAAAAAAUGCUCUUCAGUGAUGUAAAUGACAAACAAAAUAGAUUAUUUCAGCAUAAUAGAUUUCAAUAUAAUUUAUAUAAUGUAAAUUAUGACAUUUUAUGGCAUGCCUGAAAUUAUAAUUCCAAGUUUAAGAUAACGGUAAACUAGUACAACUGGUUUUAAAUCGAUACAUGGUUAAGUUUAUCGUUUUAGCCCUGUGACCCAACUGGAAAGUCCUUUGCGGCAUCAUUUGGAGUCACUGCCAUUGUUUUGGAAGCCAUUUUCCAGUAUUUUCAUUAUAGCAGGCUUUUUAUGUGCCGGACUAUCUUAAUAUUAUGUAGUGUUUUUGUAGUUCCUAAAUCAGCCUAGGAAUAUAUGUGUAUAUAUAUGUGUUGUUUGUUUUAUCUUUGUUUGUUUAUAUCUAUGUAUGUAUAUAGAUACAUUUUUGUUUUGUAUUCCAUUCCAAGCUUCCCCCUUUUUUUAAAGUAUGGAAAUAUUUUGUGAAAGAUUCAGAACAAGCAUUGGACACAUGUAAAUCUGUCAAAUCUCAAUGAAAUAAAAUGUGAAAGAUUCAGAACAAGCAUUGGACACCUGUAAAUCUGUCAAAUCUCAAUGAAAUAAAAUGUGAAAGAUUCAGAACAAGCAUUGGACACAUGUAAACCUGUCAAAUCUCAAUGAAAUAAAAUGUGAAAGAUUCAGAACAAGCACUGGACACAUGUAAACCUGUCAAAUCUCAAUGAAAUAAAAUGUGAAAGAUUCAGAACAAGCACUGAACACCUGUAAAUCUGUCAAAUCUCAAUGAAAUAAAAUGUGAAAGAUUCAGAACAAGCAUUGGACACCUGUAAAUCUGUCAAAUCUCAAUGAAAUAAAAUGUGAAAGAUUCAGAACAAGCAUUGGACACCUGUAAAUCUGUCAAAUCUCAAUGAAAUAAAAUGCACAGCCUGGUCUACAAUCUACUGGUGGUCAUAUCCGACUUUGGUUAAACAAGCGAGAUGUGAGCUAGUCGUCAAUUAUUUUGUUCAGUUUAUAAUAUUUUAAAUAUAAUCUAUUUUAUCCCGGGAAGAGAAACUUGUGUGCCAUUUUCCGGGGGAAUAAAAAAACCUUCUCAUGGAACAUGACAAUAAAUUUAACCAGGCCAAUGAGUUGAAAUAAAAUAACGUUUGGGGGGAAACUGAUGUAGAUGAAUUCUUUGAUCUUCAGUUUUCUCUUCAAUUUUUUUAAUAUCCUCGUGAUGUUUCACCACCCAGAAUGAAUACUUUAGCACCAUUUUUUCAUGGGUACCACCCGUGACCAUAUUUCUUUUGAAUGUCUUUUCAUCCUUUUAAUUUUAAAUGUGAGUCCUGCUUACUUCUUAAUUUAUAUUUAUUAAUCUAAUUUCACAAUUUUUACAUGCGUGUCUGCUGUGACAUAAUAUAUAUUUGAACGCCAUUGCACCAUUUUACUUUCUAAAUACUGUGACAAGAUAAUGCUUAUUGUUCUUGCACUGUUUCACAUUGGUACCAGUACAAGGUGUUUCACAUUGGUACCAGUGCAAGGUGUUUCACAUUGGUACCAGUACAAGGUGUUUCACAUUGGUACCAGUGCAAGGUGUUUCACAUUGGUACCAGUACAAGGUGUUUCACAUUGGUACCAGUGCAAGGUGUUUCACAUUGGUACCAGUACAAGGUGUUUCACAUUGGUACCAGUGCAAGGUGUUUCACAUUGGUACCAGUACAAGGUGUUUCACAUUGGUACCAGUGCAAGGUGUUUCACAUUGGUACCAGUACAAGGUGUUUCACAUUGGUACCAGUGCAAGGUGUUUCACAUUGGUACCAGUACAAGGUGUUUCACAUUGGUACCAGUGCAAGGUGUUUCACAUUGGUANUGUUUCUUUUUUUUUUUUUUUUUUUUUUUAGAAAAGUGAUUGUUUGAAUACCAUCUCUAUUAGUUUUAUUAUAUUUUAUCUAUAUUACAAUUUGAAAACUACUCAAAUCAACCCUGCUUAAGCAUGAACAACCUCACUUUUUAUGUCAAAGUACAUUAUCAGUGUUCUGAAAAGAGUCAUUUUUUACUGCAUUGUUAGUGUGUAAUGCAGCAUUUAAAGUUUUAAAAAAAAAAAAGAAAGUUAUUAAAAAAAUCUUGUUACAGUUAAAACUUUCAUUCUUUCCUUAUUUUGUUUUCUUGUUUAAGUUAAGUAAGUCUUGAACUCGGACAAAAAUUAUCACAAUUCUUUCCUUAACAUCUGACUCUUCUGUUACAGUCCCAUUGACCUGUUUGCUGAUGACAAAGAAACUGAAUUAUUGCUUAAUGAAAUCCAGCACUUGGAGGUGGACCAGUUACCUGGUGAAAUGUUGUUUAUUCCUACAGGCUGGUUUCAUCAGGUCAGUCAUUAAGUCAUCUCGCUUGAUUGUUGUACAUAUGCAUACCUGUUUACUCUUUAAGAUUUUGGCGUACAAUGUACGAUUUUGAGGUGUAUACAUUAUAUAUACUGUAUGUUUAUUUCUUUACAAUAAAGAUAUGUAUUGAAAGAUUUUGUGAUGAUAUUCUAAGAUUUUAAGAGUUUGAGGGUAAAAAGGUCUGCAUAUGUUAAAAUAAAGGAAAAAUUACUAAAUUAAAUUACAACGCAGCAUAAACACAGAUGUGACCUUCCAGUUUAAUAGUUUAAUGAAAGUAUUCACUACCUUUCCUAGUACAGAAGUAUAGAAUAAUUAUAUUGUUCUCAAUCUAGAUUGACUACCUUUCCUAAUACAGAAUUAUAGAAUAUUUAUAUUGUUCUCAAUCUAGAUUGACUACCUGUCCCCCCAAAAAAAAGUAGAGAAUAUUUUAAUUGUUUUCAAUCUAGAUUGACUACCUUUCCUUAUACAGAAGUAUAGAAUAUUUAUAUUAUUCUUAAUCUAGUACACCCAGACUAAUGUUACUAAAGUACAGACACAAAAUGAGAAAAUAAAUGAUAAAUGUGAGGUCUAUGAUCUAAUGUAGGCCUUCAAUGUUGAGCCCACUUUAGCCAUUUCUGGGCAGCUGAUGAAUGAGAACAAUUUCAUGUCUGUGCUGGAAGAGAUUCUCAAGGCCGGAAGUCUUCAAAGGUCUGACAUUGCUGAAGAUUUGGAUGGUCUGACUGAUGAUCCCAAAGCACUGGUAUAG